UUCUCUGCGUCCUCAGUCCUCUGCCUACAAAAACCUCUCUCCCACAAGCAAUCACCGCAUCCUCUUGUCGCUUCACAGCAGAUAUGGCUCGCAUGUGUGCGCUCAUGGUGGUGGUAAUGGUGGGCAUGUUGUGUGCAGGGGCUGCUGCACAGUCCAGCUGCACAAACGUGUUGGUGAGCCUGUCGCCGUGCCUGAAUUACAUACAAGGCAACUCCUCCACGCCUUCAUCGUCGUGCUGCUCUCAGCUCAGCAGCGUGGUUCGCUCCCAACCACAGUGCCUGUGUCAAGUCCUCAGCGGCGGUGGCUCCUCUCUCGGCAUCAACAUCAACCAGACCCAGGCUCUGGCCCUGCCUUCUGCCUGCAAGGUUCAGACCCCACCGACCUCACAGUGCAAAGCUGCUUCACCAGCGGGCUCCCCAGAUGCAGACUCUCCCAACUCAGCUCCAUCAGGGACUGGAUCUAAAGAUGUGCCCUCGCCGGAUAAUGGCUCGUCCCACGGGAAUUCGAUCCAGUUAUCCAUUCCUCUCGUCUUCAUUGCUUCUGCCGCAGCAUAUGCUUCCGCUUUCAGGACAUACUGAUUCUUUCAGCCACAUAUAUUCCACCUUGGACAUGCUAUUGAUACGAGUGUUCUUGUGUCCAGAUAGUAUUGAAUUCCUCUAGCUCGAAGAGUUCAAUAAUUCUCAUUCGUUUUUGUGAUUUUUCAUAGUUUUGUAUUGUUAAGAGACUUGUGUUUCUCUUCCCUUUAUCAAUAAAGAUGCCUCGAGCCUUUCAUUUCC